GAGAGAAUUAAAAGGAUUAGCCUUUUUGGUGAUUUGCGAAGAAGCUCUGGUUUGCUUCAAGAACCCUACUCCCCGCUUCAAUGGCUUCAGCUCCUACUUCUUCUCUCCUCUCCCCCUCCCGAAAUCUCACUUUUUUCCCCGUUUUACCUCUCCGGCGAACCUCCGUUCCGUUCCUCCGUCGUUGUUCUCCGAACCCUUCUCCGGCCACCACCGACGAAGACAUCCUCCGCUUCGUGUCGGAAUCCGACGGCAAGGCACUUCCAUGCGCGAGGACAUACGAGAACGACUUUACUCGGCUGAGCCUCGUCGGAGCCGUCGCUUUCGAUCAGGCUCUAACGGCGGCUGCGGCGGACGGCGGCGACGCCGCCGACGAUCACCUCCGGGACAAUGUCCCCGUUAUGGUCGUUGAGACGGUUUUCCCCGGAGGAUCCGACCCCAAGUCUACUGUAUCAACCCGAUUGUUCUUACCUACUCGGAAAGUGAAAGAGCGAGCUAAAAGGCUGCGGAGAUCCUUCUCGGAGGAUAUUUCAGGUGGGAAUUUGUCGAAGAACAUACUGGCAAUGACAUUCAGACAAGUAGUGUUGCGACAGCUUUGGAACUUUCAGCUGGUGUUGUUUGGUCCUGGAUCAGAAAGAGAUAUGAGUGAUUAUGAAAAACCACGGGAGCAGGUUUCUACAUCGUUCACUCUUAGCUCAUCCGAUGAACGGGUUAUCUCUGUUAUUGCAGAAGUUAUAUGCAUAUUUGCUCUUCGGAGCACUGAAAAGCAUUUCCUCGACGAUUAUCUGGGAAAAACUGUGUUCCCCCUUUUCAAGUGGUUGAGGAAACAUAGAAGGAUUGCUUCAAGGGACAGCUCGGUUGUCUUACAUAAGUUAUUUGAUGAUGAGUUAGUCGAGAAUGCCAAGCAAUUGCUCGAGUAUUUCCACUCGAUGAAAGAAAGUUUCAAGCUUUCAGAACCAAGGGAAAGAAGUCACUGGUUGAAGCUCUCUGUGAGUUCCAAGCUGGAAAAGAUCGGUGGAUCUGAGUUUAGUACCUGGGCAAGCGAGUAUUUGCCUGCAUAUCGGCUAGAAGUUGACGCCACUAGACUGGGGGACCUAAAACUCGAGGGCUGGAAAAUGUCGGGCGGGAAUAAGUGGGAGGUUCUGCUAACUCACUCCCAAAUGGUUGGAUUGGCUGACACAUUGGAUAUGUACUUUGAAGACAUUUACUCGGUUCCCACAAAACAGCUACCUUGUGAUUAUGUUGGAAAUUAUGCAGGCUUACCCGGGAAAAAGAGAGGUUUAUCUUUGUUGAAAAUCAUAUCUGUCACGGCUGCAAGCGGGAUUCUUCUUGUCGCUCUGAGUGCUUCAUCGCAAUUCUUGCUUCCUCGUCAAAUUGAGGGAAGGAAGAACUUUAGAAAGCAUCAGGAUGUUCUGUCUCCAGAAGUUGAACCCAUAUCUCAUCCAUCUUUAGAUUCCUCAGAGUUGGAUUCAUUCUGCGCUUUAGUCGUGAAAAAGCUUAAGGACACGUUUGGUUGGGCCGGGGAUAUAGCCAUAGAAACCGGUGUAGGAGCCUCCAUUGGAGAAGUACCCGAUUACUUGAAAGAUCACAACUUUACGAGCUCAGCUCUUCUGGAGACGCUCGAUGAGGGCACAAAGGCGUCUGUACAGGAUAUCGCUACUUAUCAGGUUGUCUUAUCGGGUGAAGGGAAAGUAAUCGGGUUCCAACCCACCAGUCGGGUCGGCGUGAAUCACUGGGCUGCGAAUCCUUUGGCUAAGGAACUCUACGGUGGAAGAAAACUCUCGCCCGGUCUCGUCGAACCAGGUCUCGAUAGUCACCGCCCGGCAAAGGCAGUAGCUUUAGAGUUGUUAAUGUCGGUGAACACAGAUUCUCCCUUUGCUCUGGCAAGACCUUUGCCACAACCGUAGGUUAAAAAAAAAAGAAGUUGAUGUUUUGCAUGAACGCUUUCCAUGGAAGUAGAAUAGGCUCGUGGAUUUGAACGCUGAGUCUGCAAAAUAUGAACCCCUUUUGUUCUGUUCUUGUUACAGCAUCCUCAUGAUCAGUGAAAUAUAUGAGAAAAAUCUCCAUUAUAUCGUUGAGAAUAAGAGAAGAUUUUUUACA